CAGUUAUCAGUUAUCAGAUUUUUAAGUCGCCCCCCCCGAAGCAAUUACAUACAUUAAUGUAGAAAGUUCAAUGUUCCAAUAGAGACUAAAGUAUUCAAGUACCUUACUAAAACACACCUUAACUGGACACUUGGCAUGUGAAAGUUGUUUGCCCUCAUACCUACCUACCUACAUGUAACUUACGGCAAGCAGUUCAUAAUCGAAAGUUUCCGUGCUACAACCACGAUCGAGACUACAUCCCGAAUAGAGUGUCUUAGUCUCGAGUUUCUUCAUGUCUUAUUACAUACAUGUAUUCUCCAUCGCUCCCCCAUUCUCCUCAUCUGUAUUACCCUCCGCCGGCACUCAUCCUGAUCCUUUUCUUUUUUUUCCCUAUCAAGUUUUCUAGCUCGCCCCCAGCGCUGACAUAUGCGCCACCGCACAUAAGAUAUUUGGAUUACUCUAAAUCGCAAUAACAAUGUGAUCCAAGAAAUUCUUCAGCUCGUUAAUCAUCGCUCAAGUGACGCGAACAAUUCCGCCAGAUACAGUUCGCAGUACGUUUCCACAUGGCGGUCUUCAGUCCACUACAAUUCUUCAUCUUCCCAUUCCUCUUCUUCGUUGCCCUUCCGCUUGCCCUCUGCGCCGGCUUCACGACCAUCUUAGCAUUCAUGGUCUUGUUCUUACGCCUAUUCCUCGUAUAUUUCGACGUCGGGCUCGAGACUUUGCGAUAUCUGUUGGUAGGCCAUCCCGCACAUCGGCGGACUCCUUCCGGUACCCCGCCACACUCGCUAGAAUCCUCCCCACCAUCUUCGCCCGAAGCGCGGCAUAGGCGCCGACGCAGCAAGAUGCAAGGCAGCUUUAGUAGCGGUUCUGCCACGCCUAUUGGUGGCUUCGAUGGUCUUGCCUUGACACCCACUACUGGGCUCGAAAGGGACUUCGAGGGUGUGGGAGGAUGGAGAUUAGAUGGUGUAGAUAUCGAUGCUGAUGCCACGGACCAACAGUGGUACAGUCUUAACUCGCGGCUCGAACUUCCGGACCGUCGCCAUCGUUCUAGAUCACAUAGCGGAGGUGCUGUGUUGCCAGGAAAUAGCGGGCUAGGCCUUUACAUGGAGGGCGCGAAUGCGUCGACGGCCUAUAAUCCGGAAGGACUAAGAAUGUAUGCAUCGCCCAACAGCUCAAGAUCAAGAACACCAACAAGUAGUAGGCCACGUAGCUUCACCAAGGUCGACGAUAACGAAUAUUUCUCCAUAGUAGAAAGGAAGCAUGCCAAAAGUGGUCGGUGUUAAGAAUAACGAGGAUACAACACGUUCGAGAGUUAUUAACAAAAGGCUUUACCAGAGAUAAUUGGUUUAUAUAAAGAUUGCCUUGCUGGAUAGAAAGGGUUGGCGUUGCGUAAAAAUCUUUUACGUAUGGGUUCGUGGGGGGCGAGUCAGGAGUGCGGUUUCAAGAUCAGAAGUUAUGGACAACAGGUUUGAUCUUGAUUUAGGUAUCUGACAAAAGUGGGAUCCGGCGCUUGUUUGUAUCACAACUCAAA